CCAUGGCUUAAGCCCGCAGCCACCUCGCCUCGCGUCGCCUCGCUUGGCCGGGGUCUGCGCGCCGCCGCCGCAGCAGGGAGGGGCGCGACCCAGACGCCCUCGCCCGGGGACUCCGGGACGCCGUGUGGCUCACCCAUCGGUGCCCGCAGCAGACUGCGCUCCCAAGACCUUUGCAGGCGGCUCCCGGAGGCGUUUGCAGCCGGUAAUCGGGGGACUUUACGGACUUUAUCUCAGUGAUAGCUUGACCUUCCUGGGUGCUCCCUGAGAGAGGAGAGCGAGGUAGCUCAGGCCACCAAGGGAAAAACAGGGAACCAGUCUGGUCCAGGGCCGAGGGACUGAAGUAAGAUUAGAGACUUGCUUUAGAAUCACAAAAAGGAAGGCAGGCCAGCUUUGCAGCUAGCAUCAUGGCGUGGCCGUGCAUCACGCGGGCCUGCUGCAUCGCCCGCUUCUGGAACCAGCUGGACAAGGCUGACAUCGCCGUGCCGCUGGUUUUCACCAAGUACUCGGAGGCCACCGAGGCCCCGAGCGCCCCGCCGCAGCCGCCGCCGCCGCCGCCGCCGCAGCAGCAGGCGCAGCCGGCGCACGCGCCCCCCUCGGCGCGGGCGGUCGCCAUAGAGACGCAGCCGGCCCAGGGCGAGUCGGAUGCAGUUGCCCGGGCAACGGGGCCGGCGCCCGGGCCUAGCGGCGAACGCGAGGCGGCGGGUGCCCCCGGCCGGGGCGGGCCCGGCCCCGGCCCGGGCUCCGGCUCCACCUCCAGCGCAGGCCCCGCGGACUCGGUGAUGCGUCAGGACUACCGCGCCUGGAAGGUGCAGCGGCCCGAGCCGAGCUGCCGGCCGCGCAGCGAGUACCAGCUUUCCGACGCGCCCUUCGAGCGCGAGACCCAGUACCAGAAGGACUUCCGCGCCUGGCCGCUGCCGCGCCGCGGGGACCACCCGUGGAUCCCCAAGCCCAUGCAGAUCUCCACGUCCUCCCAGACUUCGGGGCCGAUUCUCGGGGCGUCCAAGCGCGGGCCGCAGAGCCAGGAGCGCUGGCCGGCGCAGGCCGCCGCGGAGGCCGCGGAGCAGGAGGCGACCCCUGGCGGAGCGGGUGGCCCCGCAGCCGGAAAGCCCUCCGGUGCGGACGAGCGCGACACACGCAAGAAGCCCGGGCCCGCCUGGAUGCUGCGCCGCGCCGAGGGACAGGCGCCGGAGCAGAUGCCGCUGCCCGCAGCGCAGGCCCCGGUCCAGGCCGCGGGCCCCGAGGCUGGCAAGGGGCGUGCAGCGGCGGACGCCCUCAACAGGCAAAUCCGCGAGGAGGUGGCGACCGCGGCGGGCAGCUCCUACAGAAAUGAAUUCAGAGCGUGGACGGACAUCAAGCCUGUGAAACCGAUAAAAGCCAGGCCCCAGUACAAGCCCCCAGAUGAUAAGAUGGCUCAUGAGACCAGCUACAGUGCCCAGUUCAAAGGGGAGGCCAACAAGCCAACACCCGCGGACAAUAAGGUCAUUGAUCGCAGAAGAAUACGCAGCCUCUACAGCGAACCUUUCAAGGAAUCCUCAAAGGUGGAAAAACCUAGCGUUCAGAGUUCCAAACCAAAAAAGACCUCAGCGAGCCAUAAGCCCCCGAGGAAGGCCAAAGACAAGCAGGUGGCGUCGGGCCAGGCCUCCAAGAAAAAGAGCGCAGAGGGCCCCAGUGCCACCCAACCCGAAGACAAGGAGCAAAGUAAAGAGAUGAACAAUAAACUGGCUGAGGCUAAAGAGAGCCAGGUUGAACUCGCCAGUGAUUCACGUAAGAAUCGAGGUCCUAUAGCCACAGAACCAGACAAGGAUCAAAGUCCCGUGGGCCCAGGGCCUCUGAAAGAUCAAGGUCCUGUGAUCCAAGAGCGUCCAAAGGAUCAAGGCCCCAUGGCUCCAGAGCCUCUGAAGGGUCUAGCUCCUGAGGUCUCAGGGCCUCUGAAGGAUCCAGGUCCCAUGGUCCCCAUACCAGUUAAGGAUCAAGAUCACAUGGCCCCUGAGCCUUUAAAGAACGAAGGUUCUGUGAUCUCAGCACCAGUAAAGGACCAAGGUUCCUUGGUCCCCGUGCCUCCAAAGAAUCAAAGUCCUAUGGUUCCAGCAACAGUUAAGGAUCAAGGUUUCAUGGUACCAGAGCCUUCGAAGGAGCAAGGUCCCAUGGUCCUGGCACCUGUCAAGGAUCAAAGCCCUGUGGUCCCUGAGCCUGUGGACAAAGGUCCCAUGGUCCCGGCACCUGUCAAGGAUCAAAGCCCCGUGGUCCCUGAGCCUGUGGACAAAGGUCCCAUGGUCCCGGCACCUGUCAAGGAUCAAAGCCCCGUGGUCCCUGAGCCUGUGGACAAAGGUCCCAUGGUCCUGGCACCUGUCAAGGAUCAAAGCCCCGUGGUCCCUGAGCCUGUGGACAAAGGUCCCAUGGUCCCGGCACCUGUCAAGGAUCAAAGCCCCGUGGUCCCUGAGCCUGUGGACAAAGGUCCCAUGGUCCCGGCACCUGUCAAAGAUCAAAGCCCCGUGGUCCCUGAGCCUGUGGACAAAGGUCCCAUGGUCCCGGCACCUGUCAAGGAUCAAAGCCCCGUGGUCCCUGAGCCUGUGGACAAAGGUCCCAUGGUCCCGGCACCUGUCAAGGAUCAAAGCCCCGUGGUCCCUGAGUCUGUGGACAAAGGUCCCAUGGUCCCGGCACCUGUCAAGGAUCAAGGUCCUGUGGUUUCAGAGCUUCUGAAGGAUCAAAGCACUGCAGUCAUAGCACCUGUAAAGAAGGAAGGUCCUGUGUUCUUUGAGCCUGUAAAGAGUCAAGGUUUAGUGGUUCCAGAGCCAGUCAAGGAUCAAGGUGGAGCGGUCCCAGAACUUCUGGAAGAUCACGAUUCUGUGGUUGCAGCACAUGUAAAGAAUCAAGGUCCUGUGGUCCCGGCACUAUUCAAGGAUCAAGGCCCCAUGGUCCCAGAGCCUCCAAAGAAUCAAGAUCCUGUGGUCCCUGAGCCUGUGAAGAAUCAAGUUCCUAUAAUUCCAGUGCCUCUGAAAGAUCAAGACCUCCUGGUGUCACCACCAGCAAAAGACCAAGGUCCUGUGGUCCCCGAGCCUCUGAAGACUCAAGGUCCCAGGGGCCCCCAGCUUCCCACUGUCUCACCUCUACCCCCAGUCAUGAUCCCAACUGUCCCCCAUGCGGAAUAUAUUGAGAGUUCCCCUUGACACUCACCCCUUGACAUGCCAAGGAAGGAGCUGACCGUGGAAGUGCUCCCUCCCAGGGGUGGUGAAGACACAUAUUUAAUCUGCAUGAAACACGUACUGUAUAAUCUUGCUGGAAUCUAAUAAAACUGGUCCCUCUGGCUCAGCAGUGUUUCUCUCUGGUCCUACUUGAGUGUGUGUGUGUGUGUG